AUGUACCUCCAACCCUUUGUUCGUCCACACUGUCACCAUCUCUUCCAAGACCUCACUCUAAUCGGCCCCGGAGACACCCUUCAGCCUCAGAAGUCGACUCCUAUGCCCGACCCUGAGCUGCCUACACCACCCCUGACGUUCCUGAGCCCAACCCACUCUCCCGAGAUUGACCUGAGGCCAUAG